AUGGUGAAAAUGAAGAAGUCUAAAUCCUCUUUGUCUCAGAGCUUUGACGACAAAAUUUCAGACCUUAUAUACCGGAUGCUAGAUGAGAAGUCUCUAGAGAAGCAAAGGCUAAAUGCGGCUAAGAAAGCAUCUCUCUCAGAAGAUGAUUUAGAAAAUGGUAGCCAGUCAGAUGAUGAUUUUGCGGAGGUCUUUCUAGCUAGGGAUCUAGUGUUUGGUGAGGUCAUGGCAUAUGUUCAAUCCAAAGACUUGUCCAUGCAACGGGUAAAGAAAGUUCUACUUGAAAAAACGGUCGAAAAGUCACUGAAGAGAGCAGUAGCUGAGGAAGAAGAACAGUUUGCUCCAUUCUUUGCCGAAAAGAACUCUAAAAUAUCAGCAUCUGAGCCUCCGCAAGAAUCUCUAAUUCAACAAAAUAUGAUGGUAGCCCAAGAUACCAAUGGUAUGAACAAAAGUAUUACUAGCCAAUGGGGGAAAGCUAAUUUUGAAGAAGUUAGCAAAGACGAGGCAGAUAAAAAGUCCACUACUAAGAAAAGAUCCAAAGAAAGUAGCAGUAAGCCGAAACGACAAAAGACAGGGGAAGAUAGAACACCUCCAACGUGUGAUUUAUCUUCUCUAGGAGGUAUGGACGAUGUGGUUGCUCAACUCAUGGAACUUAUUGGUCUCCCUAUACUACAUCCCGAAAUUUUUGCGACAACCGGUGUAGAGCCUCCCAGGGGUGUAUUACUACAUGGGCCUCCAGGUUGUGGUAAGACUUCAAUAGCAAAUGCACUCGCAGGUGAACUGCAAGUGCCAUUUAUCUCCAUAUCUGCACCAUCUGUGGUGAGUGGAAUGUCGGGAGAAAGCGAAAAAAAGUUGAGAGAUCUAUUUGAAGAAGCAAAGAAUCUAGCUCCUUGUUUGGUUUUUUUUGAUGAAAUAGACGCCAUAACUCCUAAAAGAGAUGGUGGCGCCCAAAGAGAAAUGGAACGGAGAAUUGUGGCUCAACUGCUAACUUCUAUGGAUGAAUUGUCUUUCGAGAAAACGGGCGGCAGACCUGUUAUAGUGAUUGGCGCUACCAAUAGACCUGAUUCUCUAGAUGCAGCCUUGAGACGUGCCGGAAGGUUUGACAGAGAAAUCUGUCUAAAUGUCCCAAAUGAAGUGUCACGGUUGCACAUUCUAAAAAAAAUGGCAGCCAACCUGAAAAUUGAUGGUGAUAUCGAUUUUUUGAAGCUGGCAAAACUAACACCUGGAUUUGUUGGAGCUGAUUUAAAGGCUUUAAGCACAGCUGCCGGAACAUGCGCCAUAAAGCGUAUUUUCCAGAACUUUGCUUCUCGUGAUCAAGACCUAAACAACUUCAUGGAUGUUGAUGUUGCAAUUACAGGUAAUGAUAUCGAGUCGGAACUCAAAAACACUGCGAACAUGAUAGACCCACUACCUCUCUCGACUGUACAAAAAUUUAUUGAAAACUUUCCGGAACCACUUGGGCCAGAACAGUUGGCGUCGCUUUCGAUCAGAUAUGAAGACUUUUUAAAAGCUUUGCCCACCAUUCAACCCACAGCCAAAAGAGAAGGUUUUGCUACUGUUCCAGAUGUGAGCUGGGCCAAUAUUGGUGCAUUGAACAGGAUUAGAGUAGAGCUUAACAUGGCAAUUGUUCAGCCAAUCAAGCGCCCGGAACUGUACGAAAAAGUUGGUAUCAGUGCCCCAGCUGGGGUCUUGCUUUGGGGCCCACCUGGCUGCGGUAAAACUCUUCUUGCGAAGGCGGUUGCAAACGAAUCAAGAGCUAACUUCAUUUCCAUCAAAGGGCCGGAAUUGCUUAAUAAGUAUGUGGGUGAAUCCGAGAGAGCCAUUCGACAAGUUUUUACACGCGCGCGUGCUUCAGUUCCUUGCAUCAUAUUUUUUGACGAGCUUGAUGCACUUGUACCACGUAGAGAUGCCUCCUUGUCGGAAUCGUCCUCUAGGGUUGUCAACACUUUACUUACUGAAUUAGACGGACUCAACGACAGACGUGGAAUAUUUGUUGUGGGUGCAACAAAUCGGCCAGAUAUGAUUGACGCUGCGAUGCUUCGACCUGGUAGACUAGAUAAAACCUUAUUCGUCGAACUUCCUAACUUCGAGGAGAAGCUUGAUAUAAUCAGAACUCUAACCAGAACAAAUGGAACUCCUCUCGCUUCUGAUGUUUACCUUGAAGAAGUUAUCAAAAGCGAGAGCUGCAGAAACUUUUCUGGUGCAGACUUGGCAGCCUUGGUUAGAGAAAGUUCAGUUUUAGCGCUAAAGAGAAGCUUCUUUCGAAGUGAGGAAAUUCAUUCCAUUACUGAAAAUAAUCUGGAAAAGGAGUUCGGAGAACUCACCACUACACCCGGCACGGAUGUGAUUGUUACUAUGAAGGAUUUCACCGACGCUUUGAAGAAGGUAAAACCCUCUGUGAGUGAUAAAGACAGGCUGAAAUAUGAGAGACUCAACAAAAAAAUGGGGUGGAUUGAUGACGCUGAGGAAUGA